AUGGAUCCCCGAGCGGCCACGGCGGGCUUCACGAGCACACUUGAAUAUGGCAUAACCCUCUCUGCCAAAUCAAAUGCCGUCAUCGAGUCAUGGCGUGAUACGCCCCCUCUCCUGUGCGCCCUGCACAACGAGGUAUCGGACCUGGUCGUUGUACUCGACAGCACCCACGCGGCGGCGAAGACAGCGGCGCACGAUGCGAACAAGAAGAGCGCCGAGCUCCUCGACGAUCUCGAGCGGCCUCUGGUCGAGGUAUUUCGGGUCCUGCAAGCGGUCGAUGGCCUGGUAGCAGAGUUGCUUGCUGCUCGAGACGGGCGGCAGCGCUCGAGGAUCUUGUCCAGGAGCGGUCGGGCAGCAGGCUUCCAGGACCGCCUGCGGGAUGCGCGGGCCCUGGCCAGCUACGGGGCGGACCUCAACUACCGCGACCCCGUGAUCGGGUGGCAGCCCCUGCACUGGACGUGCCGGACCAACUGCGUCCAGAUAGCCAGGCGCCUGGUCGCCGCCGGCACGGACGUCAACGCCAGGGCGCUGAAGCCGGGCGUCAACGACACGCCGGCGUCGGCGCUGGCGGCGUGGUGGGGCAGCUUCGACGUGCUCAAGUUCCUGGUGGACAACGGUGCCGACAUCGAGGCGGACAACGGUGUCGGCCACACGUCGCUCGUCGCCGGGCUGCUGAACAACCAGCAUGCGUGCCUGAGGUUCCUCCUCGACAAGGGGGCAGACUAUCUCCUCCCGGAGCUGCCGGGGGAAAACAUACUGCACCUGGUGGCGGAGCUCGGGGACGCAGAGACGAUGCGGAUAUUUAGUGCAGUUGGGAUGAAGGGGCUCGAUAUCGUGGGGAGGAACAAGGCUGGGCUCACACCACGGGAGAUCUUCAGGAGAAGACCUGCAACUGACAAGGCGCACCAGACAGCGUUCGAGGAGUUCCUGGCAUCGGUGGAGGUCUCUGACGACGGCGGGAUUGGUUCCUCUGACGAUGAAGAUGAUUUGUUCUUUGAUGCCGAGGAAAGUAAGUGA